AAGCGCCGGCACCGCCGCCGGUCCCCCUCCGCCGCCAUGAGCUACAGCGCGGAGCCGGCGGCGCUGGCCGCCUCCUACCGCCACCUCUUCGCGGAGGCCCCGCGGCGCCCGGAGAUGCUGGCGGGCCGGUGGGCGCGCCCGGGCGCGGAGCUGGAGGCGGUGCGGGAGCGCGGCGCGGAGCCGCGGCGGGCGCGGGGCAGCGAGAAGGAGCAGCUGCAGGGCCUCAACGAGCGCUUCUCCGGGUACAUUGAGCGGGUGCGGGCGCUGGAGGAGCGGAACCGGGCGCUGGCGGCGGAGCUGACGGCGCUGCGGCAGCGCUCGGACGAGCCGCGCCGGCUGGGGCAGCUGCUGGGCGGGGAGCUGCGCGCCCUGCGCGCCCGGCUGGAGGAGGCGCACGGGGAGCGGGCGCAGGCGGCGCUGGAGCGGGCGCGCCUGGCCGAGGAGACGCAGCGGCUGCGGGCGCGCUGCGAGGAGGAGGCGCGGAGCCGCGCCGAGGCGGAGCGGGCGCUGCGCUCCCGGCAGCAGGCGGCCGAGGCGGCCUCCCGCGCCAGCGCCGACCUGGAGCGGCGGGCGGCGGCGCUGCAGGAGGAGCUGGCGGCGAUGCGCAGCGCCCACGCCGAGCAUCUCGCCGAGCUGGGCGCCGCGCUCCCGGCCGCCGCCCCGCCGCCGGCCCCGCGGCCCGACCUGGCCGCGGCGCUGCGGGAGCUGCGCGCUCAGUACGAGGCGCUGGCGGCCCGCAACCUGCAGGCGGCCGAGGACUGGUACCGCGCCCGCUGCGCCCGCCUGCACGAGCGGGCGGCCCGCAGCCAGGAGGCCGUGCGCGCCAGCCGCCGAGAGGCCGGCGAGUGCCGCCGCCAGCUCCAGGCGCGCCUGGUGGAGAUGGAGAGCCUGCGCGGCGCUCACCAGUCCCUGGAGAGGCAGCUGCAGGAGCUGGAGGAGCGGCACAACGCCGAGGCCGCCGGCCUGCAGGACACCAUUGGACAGCUGGAGGAUGACCUGCGAAACACCAAAAAUGAGAUGGCUCGGCACUUGAGGGAGUACCAAGACCUGCUCAAUGUCAAGAUGGCCCUUGAUAUCGAGAUAGCUGCCUACAGGAAGCUGCUGGAGGGAGAGGAGACCCUCUUCAACAUGGGAAGUGGCGGCCUUCCAUCUCUCAAUUCCCUCCCCAGCCCCACUUACUCCUUCCAGCCAAGGAGCUUUAGUUCCUCUACUCUGUCCUUCAAGGAGGAGGAGCAAGGAGAGGUUAUUAAAGUGACCUCUAAAAUAUCAUCCAGCAGGGCUGAGGUGAUUGAGGGGACCAUAACCUCUGUCAAGAAAAGAGGGAGGUUAAACCUGCCUGGAGGAAUCCUUGCCAAUGCAAAGAUGUAACCAUCAGGAACCAAUGUUCAUAAGCAUUUGAGGGGGAACAGUCUCCACUCGGCCUUGAUAUUGCUCCUCUGGGCACAAAGCUGCACUGGGCUCGCAGGAAGCCUCCCUUAAAAACACAAAACCCUCCCGGGGACACACACCCAGGGAUGGCUUCCUUGCAGGUCCUGCCACACAGAGGCCGAGCUUGGCACAUUGCUCCCUUUUAAAUGGGGUGGGGGCACGCAGGACAGGUAGCUAGAGAUGCAUGUUGGUCGUUGUGGUGGUGGCACAUGGACUCGUAACACGCUCCCUCUCUCCUCCUGCGGCGGGUCAGGGGCAGCCAGCUGGGAAUGCUGCUGAGCCAGCUCUCCAGGGAGGAGAGGGAAACAACUCAACAUGUUUACUGUAACUAGUUUCAUCAGUUAUCCAAAUCCAUGUACAGCUAAACUCCUCCCCACUCCUCAAACUGUAGCCAUCCACUUUUAAUCUUAGAAGCACAGAAAUAGCCAUACUGAACUGUAACUGCACCUGACAUCUGAUCUCAGCCACGUAUGUUUUGAACUAUAAGGAAUGUUACUUUUUCUUUGUACUGACAAAUCUUGUUUCCUAAGAGCACUAGUCAAGCCAGGCACAUGGGGUUUAUAAGCAGCAGGCACAGGGCAGGGAACUGCUAACAUUGGAGGUGAAGGCACCGAGGGCCCCUUGUUAGGCUGCACAGUCUUCCCAUGAAAACCCUGUGCCCAGAUUAGCCAGCACUGGGAAGCUGCAGGAGUCCUGAACACCAGCCCGCAAAGCAUCCUUGUCUCCGCUCUAACUGUUCCAAUGUGUGCCAAAUCUGAUAUAGGAUUAACAACCAUAGGUUUCCUUCAAUGCCUUAAAUUGCCAGCGAUCGCUUUUGCAAGAGCCGGAGACUCCGCGUGUUGUGUGUCAGUGCCCGGCAGGGUUAUCAGCACCAGACCUCGCUGCCCUUGCGGUGCUGCCAGAGUAGUUCCUGGAACCAGCAAAUUGUUUGCUCGCACUCUUUCCUCUUCUAUUGUAAGGCACAAGUUAAUAAUUAAAAAAAGAAAUAGUUGUGUGGAUCAAA